CAGGGUCCGGGCGCACUUGAGGGUCCCUAAUGGACAGGGCACUGGGAAGUGAUGCUGGGCUGACCGCACGUCAUUAUUUCUGAAUGGCGCCUCUUUGCGCCUUCUCGUUUUUCUUACUUAUAUCGUUCACGGUCCAUGUGCUGCAAUUCCCAAGCCACCCCCCACCUUGUUUUAUUUCUGGGUCGCAGAGUGGCAAUGCCAAUGUGCACGGGUUCAUCGCAGGGUACCCUUACCUACUCACUCACCCACACACGACAAAUGAUGACGCAAUAACCGCUACUUUCUGCACCCCCUAUUGCUCUGCAUUUAACACAACCCCCCACACACACGCCAGUUUUCGCGGCCCCUAUCUGCCCGUGGUCGUGACGCCCCUUGGACUCCUAGUGACACAGGCGCUCUGCCGCUCCCGUAUUUACCCCGACACACCUGCCGGCAGGUGUGUUUGUGGUGCCCUCCGUCCGGCCUGUCGCUUCUGGCGCCGUCGAGGUGGCACCGACUCGGGCGGUGCUCCUGUCCUUCCCCUCGGCCCCGUGUCACCUUCGCUCGGCUCUUUCAUUCUGUGCACGUCUGGGCGGCGCCCCCCUGGCAAGGUGAAGGGCACAGGUGCACCCGAGCGGAGCGGAGCGGGCGGGGCGGCGGCUGCAGGGCGCAGUUGGGCUUCGGCACGCACGGGUACAUGCAGAGCUGCGCUACGGCGGGAUGGCGGAAGACAAGACGUUCCGCUACGGGCUCAUCGUGCUCGGCAUCUUCCUGGUGAUGGUGGGGAUGUUCCUGAUGAGCGUGGACAAGCCACAGGUGUACGCCACCUUCUGUGCCGUGGGCUCCUUGGCGGUGCUGAUGGGUUUGGCGUGGAGUAUGUGCCAGUGCUACCCCAAGAUCACCUUUGUGCCCAUCGCAGACCAAGAGACCGAACUGCUUCUUCUGUAUAAGGAGGACCUGCUGACGAGCGGCGCCCACAAUCACAGACCGGAAAACGGCAAGUCCUGCGAGCCGAACCUGCGAGACUGCGACCUCAUUGAAGUGACCGUGAGCCACCCGAAGGAGUCCCAGGAGGUACAAUCGACGCCCCCCUCGGUGCCACUGCAGACAGGACUCCCAGAGGGUACCGGGCCAGUCGAGGCGACAGCUGAUAUCCACGAUGACUCGGGUCGGGAGGCAUUAAGGGAGGAAGAGGAGGAGGAGAAGAAGAAGGAGGAAGAGGAGGACAAGCCUCUAGGCUGCAGCCUGGGUGCCCCGCUGGCAUCGCUCCAGGAGACAGCAGACUCCAGCCUGGACUGUGAGGACAUUGCCAUGAUCGACUCGGACCCGUGUGUGGGCACGUGCAGCUGUCACGCCGAGAGCAUCAGCUUCCUGAAGGGCAGCUUUGUGUGCGACGACCUCUACUACGGGCAGGUGGAUGAAGCCUUGCAGGACGGCUGCGACCUCGAGCAGGAGCACGGCUGACACACGGCACAAGGCUUCACUGCCACUCGGGUUUAUUUAUUUGACUCUGUAAUAAUAAAAAAUGCC